UAUCUAUAUGGUUAAGUAAGCCUAUUGCUCAUCUAUAAUCAUGAUCAUGAUAUUUUAGACCCAAGUCACGCCGCACAGAUCACUUUUGGGCUUGAAUUUGAGCGAUAUUGAUUAUUCAAUUACGGUCACCGGUAUAGCUAUACCGGUGACCGUACUAGUUGCACUAUAGUGCAACUAGUUCUUGCGGUUGAACUCACCUCAGGUUAAGGCUAGCUCAAGAUUGCGCAUUAAUGCGUAUGCGUAUGGGUCAGUGACAUGGCACAUGCAUCUUGACCUGAUCAUGUGAGAUUCAAUCCCUACAUCCGUUCUUAAUUCUUAGUUCAAGUUUUCUGGAGAUGGACUGUGGAAGCUGUAGGAAGCUGCGCUAACGAGGGGACCCUGAGCGUUCAGCCUCUUUCAUCCUUCCAUCAUAUUACUUCCCAUCCAAGCUAAUCGAAGUCGGAAUCGGAACUGUGUUACAAAAAUUUUUCAGUGAGCUCGAAUUGAUAUUAUCCAUUUUUUUGGGCGAGUGCCUACUUCAAUGCGACAGCAAUGUUUCCAGCAUUGCGACGUGUUUCAGCAGCAACCUUAGCUGGGUUCUCAUGUUAUCAUCUCUGUCUAUCGCCAGCAUAUUACAGCGCGGCAGAUACCUCAUGCGAAGGAGCUGUGCCAGGCAAAGUCCUUCAGGGGCUUGCUUCGCCUUCUGAGCCUUCUUGGUUGGCAUGGGGACGGAGCCUCCUUGGAGUGUCUCAGACUAGUUCCCUGGAAGUCCCCACAGUGCUGCCCACCGACAAGCUUACUUGCAAGAGAAGGAAUCAUCAGCCUGGCACCACGUACAAGCCAGUAGUACUGCUUUCCUGUGGCAGUUUCAACCCUCCUACCUACGCUCACCUGCGCAUGUUCGAGCUCGCUGCUCAGGAGCUCACAAAGGCAGGGUACGAUGUGCUGGGCGGCUAUAUGUCCCCUGUACACGAUGCAUACAGCAAGAAGGGGCUCGCGCCAGCUGAGCACCGCGUGGCGAUGUGUGAGCUUGCAGCGGGUGCAUCUCCCUUGAUCAUGGUUGACUCCUGGGAAGCAGCCCAGAAGCAGUACCAGUACAGCCUGCAUGUCCUGCAGCACCUGGAGCGAGCAGUCAAUGAUGCUCUAGAUGCAAGGCACACGAGGGUGCGCAGCAUGCUGCUGUGCGGAGCAGACAUGGUUGAGAGCCUGACAGUGCCAGGCGUGUGGCGACCUGAGCACGUCAGACACAUCCUGCAAGACCACGGUCUUGUCUGUAUAGGCAGGAUACACUCGGAUGUGAGGCGGCUCAUGGAGGGUUCUGGCAGUGUUCUCCAUGAAUUCGCGCACAAUAUAGUACUGGUGGAGGAUCCCAUAGUCAAUGAGAUCAGCUCCACAAAGAUCCGCUCUGAGAUGUGCCAGGGACACACUGUUCGCUAUUUACUGCCCGACGCAGUUGUUGAUUACAUCCAGAAGAAUGAACUGUAUUGUUCUAUGUGAUCGCAAGCUGCAUGGCCUUUCUCAUGUUGCAGCCAUGCUUUCUCUGUCCUGCAAGCCAGAAAAUCUUCUGGUGGUCGCGAGAAAUCGGGACACCUUAUAAGCUCAAUCAAGUGCCACAGCGUCAAUUGCUCCUUUGUUUAGGAAACUACCGUAGCUAGUAAAUGUGCCACCUUGUGAAUCAAUUGUAAGAUGUUUGCUGCGCCUACAGUGCUACGGCCCACUGUGACAUGUAAGAGUUAGAACUG